AUGCAUUUCCAAUUCUUGUCCAAUUCGCUUUCCCAGUCCCAAACUCCCACGUCUUUUUUUCUCUCUUUUCUUUUUCUGGUCCCUUCCACAGACCCCGAGCCCCCAAUCUGCCAUACCGCCUCGGCCUUCGAAUUACCUUAG